CAGCGUGAGUGUAAAUGUAGUUGUUAAUAAAUAAUAUAGUUUAAUUUUAAAACGGGUCGGGCGCAGUGUCUUCCCGCGAUCCGAACACGUCGGUCGGUCAAACCCACGCGACUGCGCAUAGUGCAAUAAAACGUACAAAAUGGCGGCAGGGGAUGUGACCCGGCGCGCCUCGAUAACUGCGCCCUCGAUGCAUCGUCGACCUUCGGCACGCCGCGGCUCCCUUAUUAAGAAUCCGCAGACACCCUCCCAGGAAGUUCCAUGGGAUAUAAUAGACAGAUGCGCAUUACCCGUGGUGCUGUGCCACGCCCUGGCUGUGGUUCUCUCUGCACUUCUCAACGCACUGCAUAUCAGCCAAGUGUCAGUGUUCACCCUGUUUCUAUGGUUUGCCAUUUCUGUCACUGGAUCCUUGUGGUUCUACCAUAACCUGCAGGUGACCGCAGCCGGCAAAGCUGUACUUGUGACUGGCUGUGACAAUGUUCUAGGUAAUGCUCUAGCUAGAAGGUUGGAUGAUUUGGGAUACCACGUGUUCGCUGGCUUCCAGAGCAAGGCUGGCAAUAUUGACGCGGACAUGCUGAAGGAAGAUUGUUCUGGAAGGUUGCACACUCUGCAACUGGAUGUGACGUCUGAAACUCAGAUUCUGUCAGCGUCUCUAUACAUUGUGGAUCACCUGCCAGAGGGUGCUCAGGGGUUGUGGGCGAUCGUCAACUGUGAGUCUUGGUGCGCUCUCGGCGAACUAGAGUGGGUGCCGUUUUCAGUCAUCCGGCGAGCUAUGGAAGUCAACCUUUUGGGCCCCGCUCGGCUGGUGCAAGUGAUGCUGCCGCUAGUGCGGCGGGCGCGGGGCCGCGUGGUGCUCGCGUCGUCGAUCCUCACGCACGUGGCGGCGCCCGUGCGCGGCGUGCACGCAGCGUCUCUGGCCGCGCUCGACGCUAUGGCGGCGUGCUUGCGGAGGGAGCUAAAACCGCGCGGUGUUGAUGUUGUGGUGGUGGCAGCCGGCGAAUACACGACGGGCAGCGCGUGGCUCAACGAAGAGAAGCUUCUGGAACAAGCGCGCGACAUGUGGAAGCGUCUCAGCGACGAACAGAAGGGCGCGUAUGGAGAGGACUACUUCGAACAGGCGCUGCGCAGUCUUGAGAAAUAUACGAAGAAUGCGGACGCCGACCUCACGGCAGUGACGCGCGCGCUCAGCGACGGUGUGACGCGCACGUUCCCUCUCUCUCGCUAUACACCCGUCUCUCCGCGGGAAAAACUCAAGUCAAUCCUCGCCGAACACAUGCCUCGCUCGCUGUAUGAAGGACUGUAUGCCGAUUAAAUAAUAAAAUAAUAUUCGAUAUAUCGUUUGUUCUUCAUUACAAGACAGUUUCUUUCA